ACUACAUCUUCUUCACAGCCUCUCUUUCCUUCCUUCCCUCAAACCAACCACUCUCUUUCUCACCAUGAAGUUCACCUCUUCGAUCGCCCUGGCGGCGAUGGCUUCUUUGGCCACUGCCAUCCCCACAAACAAUGCCAAGCGUGCCGAUGGCCCUGUCGGAUACGCAUCCCAGAACGGCGGCACCACUGGUGGUGCAGGUGGUACUACUACAACUGUCAGCUCCCUUGCUCAGUUCACUGCCGCUGCCCAGGCCGACGCGCCAACGGUUGUCUACGUAAAGGGCACCAUCAAAGGCGAUGUCAAGGUCCGUGUCACAUCCGACACUUCGAUCGUCGGUCUCGACUCCUCCUCCAAGCUUGAGGGCAUCUCCCUCUACAUCAAGGAUGUCAAGAACGUCAUCGUCCAGAACAUUGCCAGCAGCAAGGUCGUUGCUAAGACUGGCGAUGCCAUCGGCAUCCAAAAGUCCACCAACGUCUGGGUCGACCAUGUGGAUCUCUCUUCCGACCUCUCGGCCGACAAGGACUACUACGACGGUCUGCUCGACGUGAGCCACGCCGCCGACUGGAUCACCGUUUCCAACUCCAAGCUCCACGACCACCACAAGACCUCUCUCGUCGGCCACAGCGACAGCAACGCCAAGGAGGACACUGGCAAGCUCCACAUCACCUACGCCAACAACCACUGGGCAAACAUCGGCUCUCGUGCACCACUGCUCCGCUUCGGAAGUGCUCACGUCUUCAACAACUACUACGAGAACGUCUCCACCAGCGGUGUGAACACCCGCAUGGGCGCCAAGGCACUCGUUGAGAGCACCGUCUUCAGCAACGUCGUCAAGCCAAUCCUCAGCGUUGACAGCAAGGAGACCGGAACAGCCGAGACCAACGAUGUCGAUCUCGGUGGUGCUGAGAACACUGCACCAAAGGGCAGCUUCGGCACUGUUCCUUACUCUUACACUCUCCUCGGAAGCAGCAAGGUCAAGGCCGCCGUUGUUGGAACUGCUGGCAACACCUUGAAGCUCGGUUAAGCGUGGGUUGCAGUGAAUGGAAGUAUGAGUCUCAGUCUCAUGGGGCUCGGUCUGGUACACAGAGCUCGUCGGCGAGCUUCGCAUUUGUUAUGCGGGCAGCAUUUCGAAAAUUUGGUCAAGCAGUGAUUUUAGUAGUAAGCGACAGAUGUUAGUUUCAGUCAUUCAGCCAGGUGCUUCUUAUGCAACGAAC